AUGCAAGUGUCACAACGUGUACAGUAUGUGUAUUUUUAAAGUAAAAUUGUCUCGAAAAGGAGAGAUGCUUCUGUUUUCUCAUCGAGACUUUUGUCCAGGAAUCCGUUAUACCUGUUCUGUCGUCUUGGUGUUGUCGUCAAUUCUAUGUCGAAAAUAUAGCUGAAAGCUAGCCCGUUCUCGGACUAUAGCCACUGCACAGUGGUAGUUUUGUGUGGCAAGGUAAUUUGGUAACUACGAAACCCGUAGCCUUGGAAUUGUAAAGAUAUUUGCCUUUAUCCAUCACCCCUUUGAAUUUCAAAACCUAUCACUGCUAAGUUAAAAGAACGGUGUAUUUUUUUUUCUGGGAUGUCUACUCCAGCACGAAGGAGACUUAUGAGAGAUUUUAAACGGCUACAGGAAGACCCCCCGGCGGGCGUCAGCGGUGCUCCAUCAGAGAACAACAUUAUGGCGUGGAAUGCCGUCAUAUUUGGGCCCGAGGGCACACCAUUUGAAGAUGGCACAUUCAAGCUGACUGUGGAGUUCACAGAAGAAUACCCCAAUAAGCCUCCAACAGUUCGGUUUGUUUCCAAGAUGUUUCAUCCAAAUGUGUAUGCAGAUGGUAGUAUAUGUCUGGAUAUCCUUCAGAAUCGCUGGAGUCCAACCUACGAUGUGUCAUCCAUCCUCACCUCUAUACAGUCUCUGUUGGAUGAACCAAACCCCAACAGUCCAGCAAACAGCCAGGCAGCACAGCUGUACCAGGAGAACAAGAGGGAGUACGAGAAGAGGGUGUCCGCCAUCGUUGAGCAGAGCUGGAAGGACAGCUGAUUAUGGCUUGCUUCUUAGCACUUAACCUCCAAU